AUUCAAAACCUAACUUCCCAACUUCUUCCUCGACAUUUCUCUCUGUUCUCUUACACCAUUAGAGAGCACUUGAGUACCAAACCAAAGAGAGAGAAAGAUCGAAAUUCGCUGGGAUUUGUGUAAAACAACUCGCAAUAGUUAGUCGAAGUAAAUCCCCACGAAAAGAUCGACAAUUUGGUCCAAAAAUCUGCAGUUUUCGCGAGUCCUACAAAAGUGGGUGCAAGGAGAGCAAAGGACUGGAAUUUGUGGCUUCAACUUCAUCAAAAUUGUGUCAAGGAUGGUCGCAAUUUGGUUGUUAUGUCAUUAUAAUGAUCGGAAUUUUGAUGUGAGGGUACAAGAUACUGAUGAAACGAACUACAUGGAUUUGGUUGAUGACUUGUUUGAUGAUUCUAUUAAGCAAGAUGUUCUGAUUCCCGAUUUAUUUAGAUUGUUUUAUGUUAAUCCUAGUACGAAUAAAAGAGUAGAAUUGUUGAAUGAUGUUGGUUUGAUGGGCAUGUGGGGUUUAUUUAAGCGCACAGAUACUGUGGAAAUAUGGAUAGAGAAGGCAAAUGAGAAGGAAACUUCAAUCCAAUUUAGGACUGCAGUUAAGAAAAGGAAGGAUAGGAAGGAAAGGAAGGCUGCAGAACUUAGAAGGAAAGCUGAGGAGUUUGAGAGGGAGAGGGAAGAGGAAAGGAGAAGGUUAGAAAGGGAGGCUGAGAUUCAAAGGGAUUUGGAGGAGCAAUUGGCAAACACAGUGGCAGUUGAGGUGCCUGUGUAUGAUGUUGAGGAUUUAAGCGUAGAGUACGUACGUGUUUACAGCUCACAACAUGCUGACUGCUUUUCCCCGGGAGGUUCCCAACCACCAAAUACACAAAAAGAGCCUUCACCACCACCAAGAGAGCCCUCGCCACCACCAAAUCACCAACCCACAGAACAGCAGCAACAACAUCAAACAGAACACCAGCCAGAUCAGACACCCCCUCCUAACAGGGCUGAGUUAAACAAAGGGAGGGGUUUCAGAAUUUCCAGAAGUCAUGCUAAGAAGACGGGUGAGUUUGUUCCUAAGAAGAGGGGGGGAAGGCCUGCUGGUUCAAGGGUGAGGAAACCCACUGCAUACAAUGUGGAGGAAGAGGAGCAAUGGGAUGAUGAGAGUGAUGAUGAAAAUUUUGAGGAGAGUGAGAGUGAUAGUGAAACUGGUUUCAACUCCGACGAUUUCAUUGACGAAGAAAUUGAAGAAGAUGAAGAACAAGAUGUUCUUAAGGAGGUAAUUUCUGAGAGAAGUUUUGAGGAUCAUUUAGAUGGGAGUAAUAAGCUGGAUAAUUUGUAUGCAAAUGGGAAAGUUGUGGGAAGCAUGCCAUGGGGGACUAUCAAGUUGCAACCAUGGAUGAUAUUCCAAAGCAAGACACACUUCAUGGAGGUCUUCAGAGACUUCUGUAUUCAAGAGGGAUUUGCUUUGGGCCAUUAA